AUGUCAAGUUCUUCGUCCGUUAAUGAUUUAAAAGAAGACGUUUUGUUCCUUCAUUACGAGACAUUUUACAGUCUUGUUAAAGGAAAUUGUGGUGAUAUUGUUCUCGAGAUUAUGCAAGCUCAACAUAUUUCGUCAGUCGACUGUCUUCUUGACGUUAGCAACAUCUUUAUAUUUCUAGAACUCGACUCAAAUGAGCUGUUACCAUUUAAAAAAACAUUUUGUGCUGAAGAUUCUACAGUGACUGUUUCGAAAGUAACAUACGAUACACAAACGAACACUUUCAUAGAUAUCUCUCUUCCACUUGGUCAACACGGAUUGCCUAGCAUCAAGUCAUAUUCAACUGACUCGUUUACUUGUUUAGAAAAUUGGUAUUCAAACGAACCUAUGGCAAAAUCACAAGUUGCUCAUCUUAUUCAACCACUUUCAUAUUCACUUGAAAAUAUAUCACCUUAUCUUCUUGCAAAGUAUGGAACAAAUAAUAAAUUCAAAGCGCCAUAUGUUAUUUCUCGAUGGGGUUAUAUCUAUCGUCAAUGUAAAGCUAAAGGUGUUCGUAUUAUAGGUUACUCAAAGGACAGCAAUAGUCGCUAUUUGAAUGCGAUGAGACGAUCUCUCGGAGUUUUUGGCGAUUUCGUUUAUAAUAACCGUCCAGACUACUAUGAAAUUAAUAUUCCAAAUACGUGGAAUUGGCUCCUAGUGCAAAGCAAACAAUUAUUCAUUUGUAUGCAGGAACCCCAUGCAUAUUUGUAG